GGCGGCGGCCCGGCGGGGGGAUGGGGGACAAGUGGAGAGAGCGGCCCAGAUGCACAUCAUCCACGGCCCCUCGGGAGUGGAGGGACUCGUGAGAGCCAGAACCCAGAAAUCCGGGGGCGGAUAAGACACCGCGUCCCCUCCAAUUCCCGUAAGCACCCCUUGCUCCAUCCUGCGCCCAAAUACCUCAGCUAGCCCCUCUCCCCACUCUUUACACUCCAAACUCAGCCGGGACAGACCUCCGCAGCCACCGCUCCCCACCCCGCAGGAGAAGCUCAGAGGUCCUGUCCCCCUUUCCUCUGAGGGACUCUUUUUGGUGACCACAAAAGGAUUUGAUCACGCAGGACAAAGCUAGCAGAGGAGCUCUGGACGACAGCUGGAGGCCAACAGUCCCUACAGGUGGUGCCCAGGGUGAUGUACUGACAAUGAGCGGGUGUUUUCCAGUUGCUGGCCUCCGAUGCCUGUCUAGGGACAGCGGGAUGGCUGCGCAGGGCGCACCGCGCUUCCUCCUGACCUUCGACUUUGACGAGACUAUCGUGGAUGAAAACAGCGACGACUCCAUCGUGCGCGCCGCGCCGGGCCAGCGGCUGCCUGAGAGCCUGCGUGCCACCUACCGCGAGGGCUUCUACAACGAGUACAUGCAGCGCGUCUUCCAGUACCUGGGCGAGCAGGGCGUGCGGCCGCGGGACCUGCGCGCCAUCUACGAGGCCAUCCCCCUGUCGCCCGGCAUGGGCGAGCUGCUGCAGUUUGUGGCCAAGCAGGGCGCCUGCUUUGAGGUUAUUCUUAUCUCAGACGCCAACACCUUUGGCGUGGAGAGUGCGCUGCGCGCCGCCGGCCACCACGGCCUGUUCCGCCGCAUCUUCAGCAACCCGUCGGGGCCAGACGCUCGGGGGCUGCUGGCGCUGCGGCCCUUCCACGCGCACAGCUGCGCUCGCUGCCCCGCCAACAUGUGCAAGCACAAGGUGCUCAGCGACUACCUGCGCGAGCGGGCCCACGACGGCGUGCACUUCGAGCGCCUUUUCUACGUGGGCGACGGCGCCAACGACUUCUGCCCCAUGGGGGUGCUGGCAGAAGGCGACGUGGCCUUCCCGCGCCGCGGCUACCCCAUGCACCGCCUUAUCCAGGAGGCGCAGAAGGCCGAGCCCAGCUCCUUCCGCGCCAGGGUGGUGCCCUGGGAAACUGCCACCGAAGUGCGCCUCCAUCUGCAACAGGUGCUGAAGACGUGCUGAGGACGUGGCCUGCAGGGGGCACCCGGGCGGGGAGGGGGUGAGGGGGUGGGGGUCGGGAAAGACAAACCUAGCUUUAUUACCCCUUUUCCCUUUCGCUUUGGUAUGACCCUCCGGGAAUUUCCGGAAUCCUAGGUUCGUCCAUUUGGGGACUGGAGGAGGGAGUUCGGAGCUGUCCCCGUCUAUGCAGUUAACCCAGCUCUGCUGCCUCCCCCAGUUCCACUGCAAGCAAAUUCCGGAGUCUGCCCCACCCGGGUGGUGCGCAUACCUGAGCAGGCAGCAGUGUUUCCGGAAACCUGGUCCUCCCAGCUGGGAGGAAGGCGUUCCCUGGCAGGGUAGAGAAGGAACAUCUGCCGCUGCGUUGGGUUAACUGUUGCCUUGGGCUGCAUGACCUCCCUCCCCCAGCCUUCUGUCAAGGGGACCCAGGUCCUGCACUCUCCACCACCCCCUCCCCCGCACCGGACUCCCCGCGGAGAGAGGUGGCGCUCUCUGCCGACGGUCCCAGGCCUAGAUCUUGCUUUACCUACUGUGACCCUACACUGCUCUCCUUGCCUCCCUCCCCCCCACUCACCCUGUCAGCAUCCCAACAGGAAAAAAAGCCAGAGGGCACAGACACCUCCUGGUGGUGGAAUGAGGUAGCACACUGUCCGGGUCUCGGGUCUGGCCAGCCAGGGACCUCACAGACCCCGAAGAUAUCUCCUCGCACCCCAGCCUCGUCUAUGCAGCAAGAAACCAGGGACUUAACCAAAGUUGCCCCGCCGACUGGGCCCUCUGAGUCCCCCUUCUCCCGUAUGGAACAGAAAGCCAUGAUGUUUUAAAGCAGAGCCAGUGGAAACCCAAGGCCCUCCUCCCUCUUUUGGUGUUUCAGAGCUAUAAAGGAGGUGAAGG